CUGACUAAAAAUCCCUGCGAGGACAAGCGCGGAGCCUCAGUUCAGACGCAAGCACUGACCGACUCCUUCCAGGUGUCAAAAUGAAAGCAAUAAGCCCGGUGAGGUCUUUCAGGAAGAGCAACGCUGGCCUGUCGGAGCACAGCCUGGGAAUCCCGCGGAGCAAGACCCCCGUGGACGACCCCCUCAGCCUCCUCUACAACAUGAACGACUGCUACUCUAAGCUGAAGGAGCUUGUGCCCAGCCUCCCGGCGAACAAGAACGUUAGCAAGAUGGAAAUUCUGCAGCACGUCAUCGAUUACAUUCUGGAUCUUCAGAUUGCACUGGACUCUAAUUCCGCUCUAGCCGGCUUCCAGCACCACCAGCGACCGGGGCAGGCUACGUCCAGGAGCCCCUUGACAACCCUCAACACAGACAUAAGCGUCCUCUCUUUACAGUCUGCCGAGUUUCCAACAACAGGAAUAAACGUAGAUGACAGCAAGAGGCGAUGUUCCUGAACUGGUGUUUGGUUUGGACGCAAAAACGGGACCUGACUUUUUUCACUUUUUGUUCUGGAUCUGGAUUUCAUUUUUAAUUAAAGCAAGAGACAAUGUUUUCCUUGAAAAUUAAGAAGGAAGGACUGCGUCUAUGUCUAUGUGUUAUAUUAUUGUGGACAGUUAUUUAUCGACAGACUGUCCUUUCUUCAGAGGGAAGGCUUGUUAUUUUCCCAACAGUGGGAGCAAAAAUAUAAAAACAAUAUUGUCACACGGAAUCCCCCCCCCCUCCCCCCACGAGAAGUCUUUGCCUUUCUUGCGAAGGUGGAGCGUGAAUCGACGAAACUUGGAUUGUUUCAUUUUCGUUAAGUCUGUUCGUCAUCUGCCGCACAAGGAACUGGACAUAACUAUUAAAAAAUAAACGAAUGCGUGAAAA